AUGUCUCUCAAUAGCAGAGUGAGCAAGAAUGCUGGACGAGUACGAACUACCCAUUCAUCGAAACCAAUACUCUCAGGGAGCACUAUUCAUAAAAGAGUCUUUGAUCCCGAAAGACGGUCCGAAUUAUUACUAUCGAAGUCCAACUAUCAGCUUCUUAUGGAGGGAGAGUCUUCUCAGGCCGGGAUCUCCUUCCCGCCGAGUAUAUUAGAGACCCUUUCUUCAAAGCGCACCAGACAUACGAUCGCUGAACGAGGCCGCAGAAGCAAUAUGAAUGAGGCUUUACAAGAGCUCGCUACUCUCUUGUCGCAAGAUUGUUGCGACGAAGCGGCCCGAAAUACUUUCGCAGUCAGCAACGGUGGCAAAUACGACAAAGCUCAGACCAUGACCAAAGCUUGCACGGUGGAGCUAGCGAUCGAGUACAUUAAGUGUUUGCAGAAGGAAGUAGCUGGAGCAAAGCGCAGUAUCUCCAGCAAGGACAGCAGUGCCAGCAGCGAAGCCGUCACUAAGGUUCAGCUAUCAGUAUAG